AUGGCAGGCCUUUUCUCUCGCCUUAAGAGCAAGGAUGCCAAGUCUAAGAAGAAAGGCGCAAACGAUUCUACACAACAGCUACCAACGAAACCAACAUGGACAGACGCCUGGACACGUACAUAUGUUGAGCCUGAAGAAGUUCACGAGUUGAUCCGAUGUUGUACAGAGGAGCUUAAAGCGCGAGGCCUCGACCACCCCUUUCUUCUGUUGCCAUACCGCCCGACCUCCGAUCCCAGCGCCGUGCGUUCCUUUAUUCGCCAUUUCUUCGAGUCCCAUGCCAACCUACGAGGUGAACAAUUGGCACAAGAGCUGCGCAUGACAGAACCGAUGGUUGUCUCUGGUGUUGCAAAAUGGUGCUGGAGUCGUAUUCAAGGAGGUAUUGUUGGUUGGGAUGCAUACGAGCUGUUCAAAGUCGGAGAAAUUGACUCAAAUAUGGCUCGAGACUCUUUCAAGACUUUUAUUCCCAUCAGUGUUGAGAACGGCGCCCGCCAGCGCAUCAUCUUCGACUUCUUCGACCUGCUGGCUGCGGUUGCAGCGCAUGGGAAAACUAACGGUCUAGGUGGACGAAAGCUUUCACGAAUGGCUGCAUGGUGGGCAUUCGAACACAAGAAUACCAAAAAGGGUUUUGAAGGAGGAUACGAAUCUUGGCUUCGUGCUGCUGAUGCCACAAGCCAUAUGUUCUUUGCCUUCCUAAGAUCUCUCUCACCAGAGCAAGCUGUUACCGGCAUUACAAUGUUACCCAGGUCGCUUCAAAAACUCCUCCAGGAAACCGAAUACCCUCCUCAACGGCCCGCGCUCAUGAUGUCAACGACGAACAAGGUUGUCAUGAUCGUCGACACUGUAUCGCCAACCCCUUUUGCGCUCCUACGAAGAGCGAACCACUUUCAAUAUCGUGACGAGGACCGCGCGUUGCAGGCGUUCUCUGAGUUUGACGACCCAGUGCAGGCGUUGACAGAUGAGUGUCGUCGAGUACUCAAUGCCAUUUCUGGAGCCAACCAGUCUCAAGUUUCGAGUUCCAAGCAUUCCACAAGUCUGCGCGACGCAUCCUGGUCGCGAUUUGAGGAUAUCGGCUUUUCCUCCAGCUUGAAUGAGGAUGAGGAGAACGACGAAAGCGCGUUGGCCUAUAAGCGACAGCCGCCUGCUCUACGAAGAACACCUGCCUCUGGUAAUGGACUCGGCCGGCCUACUACACCGUCUUGGGCCGAUUUCCUUUCUUCAGGCUUCGUAGACGAAGAUCAAGCUGCACGUGCAAACUUGCUUCUCCCCCCUGAUAAGGUUCUUCCUCCACUUGAAACCCAGAGACAGCAUAGUUCCCAAUCACAUCGGCCAAGACUUGAACAUGACCACUCUCUUGAGCCUGGUGAGCUUGCAAGCAUUACAACAUUUUUGCUAGACGAUUCCUUCUGGUGGGUUUGGAUGGCCAGUCUUGCUCCUGAGGAGACUUCAGAGCGCAAGUCAGCCUUUGGACGAUGUGCCGUUAUCGAAACCAAGAUCAGUUACGGUCGCUGGCUGGUAAUGGAAGAAAUGGUGGCUGGCGCGGCACCUGAACCUCAGGAGGGUGCGUACAUUGCAGAGAAAAAGGGCUUCUUCAGCUGGACAAAACGCGGAAAGGGCCUCAACCGACGAAAAUCGACUACCAACCAAUCAAGCGAUAACAUAGGCCAGAGCGCCAGCAAGGCCAGCAUAGGCCCUGACACUCAUGCCAGGAUUCAAGCUAAGGCUGCUCAACUUCGAGCACAGGAACAACUCGGAAAGAAGUUGGCUUCGCAGCCACUGUACCAACGCCGAGGUCGAACGGAUGCUGAGCUUAUGGCGGAGAAGACUAACAGCGUUCUAACCCUUCAGCCUACCAUCAUUGGCGAGGCUUCAUCGGCACUGAAGUGGGUUUCCAAGUACGACAAGGGAACAAUUAAGGAUUUGUACUUGGCCAACAACCAUGCAGGCCGUGGGGCCAUGGUAUCGCCAAUUCCUUCUGAGAGCAUGAAUGGCGAUGCUGCUCCCAGCAACGGCCUGCAUAUUCAGGAAGCGGCCCCUCAGGUGCCCGUUAAGGACGUGGUAUCUCCAAUUACUUCUCCUACUUUCUCGACUACUACAAAUCAGACUGCGAGAAAGCCUUUGCCUCUACCAGAGAAGCCCGUCGAGGCCCAACCGCAGCCUGUGCCCGAGCCUGUGCAGGCGCCAACCCCUGAGCCUGUUCAUGAGCCUGCACCUGAACCUGCACGCCCUGUCAGUCCUCUCAGCCCCAUGCCGCCUCCUAAGGACGAUGCGCCUCAGGACAUUUCUCGUGAGGACAUGGUUUCACCAACGCCCUCGAGCCCUGAUAACAAGAAAAACAAGAAACUUCAGAAGCCCGAAAAGGAGAACCGUGGUUUCCGCAAACUGUUCCGUAAGAACAGGAGCUCCAAACUGCCUGAGGACGCUUCCGCCAAUGUGCAUGCCUUCCUCCGUCAAAACCAAGGUACACCAGAGCCACAGGCCCAGAAGCCUCUUACUCCAGCAGACACACCUGAGCCCACACCUGCCAUCCAGCGUGCCCCAGUCACCCCCAGAGCGGACGAGGCCGACAUGCCCACCCCUACGCCUGCUGCUGAGUUUGUAACUCCUAUGGAGGAACCUAUGCAGCGUGUCGAUACACCUCAGAGAGAACAUGAUAUUCCUGAGCCCACCAUCGACCAGUCACAAAUCCCUGCUAAGGAUUCGACACCCAUGCAACCACCUGUUCCCCAAUUUGGUCACGGCCCCCUUGAGGAUCAGCCAGCCUUUGCUCCCGAUUCUGACGAUGAAGACGACGCAACCCCUCCUCCUAUUCCUCGAUCACCUCGUCACUCUCCUCAAAUUGGAGGACCAUCGCAGCCCGAGGAAAAGCUCAGCCACAGUGCUGGUCCAGGAGUUCAGGAUCGAUGGGCACAAAUUCGAAAGAAUGCUGCUGAGAGAGCUGCUUCACGCCCUGAUGAGCAACUACGACCAACCUACAGCAACAGCAACAGGACUGGAGAUGGCGACGAUGACACAAGUGGAGAAGAGACUAUUGAAUCCCGUGUUGCUCGAAUCAAGGCUCGUGUGGCCGAGUUGACAAACAACAUGGAGGGCACAAACGGACCUCAGGCCAACGCCGCCCGCUACUGA